AUGCCGGGGUGUAGCUUUAGCCACAUCACUAAUACUGGCACAAAGAAGGCUUGCAUGAACUGUACGUCUGCUAUUGCCAAAAAGUGUCUCGGUCUUGCAAGAAACCAGAACAAGCCCAUCACAGAUCUGAUCUCUGAUACACUUAUUGAUGCAAAAGAGAUUGUGGCUAGGAUCAAGGCCAAAACUUCAAGUGAACCUAUCAGCCAAGAGAGAAUGAAUGGACCACAGGUAUCACAAGAGGAACUAUAUUCGUCUAAAGAGAUGAUACUUGAUGAAGUUCAACCAUCGAAAGAAAUCAAUUUAUUAAUGAAUGCCAAUAGUGGUGACUCAAGCAGGGAAGAUAACAUAAGCCUCAAUAGUGCUACCAUGAGAUCUGUGUCUGAUGAAGAGAAAAUCUUGUCUGAAAUCAAAGAGGAGAAACAAACACUAGAAGAAUUAAAAGAGACUAUGGACAAAUACCUCCCAAUCUCACUGCAUAUGGCUAAUAACCAAGAAUCUUCAAAGGAAGACAGAGACUAUUUUAGAGAAAACUCUUCAAGAGACAAAGACUAUUUCGCGUCAAUAGGUUCUCUGCCAAGCAACCUCCAGGCAUAUGAGCAUGCGCUGGAAAACAUCAGAGGUACCAAGAACGCCAUCAGAAAACUCUUGUACCAUCUCUAUGAAGCAAUUGAAUUGACUUAUCAAAGCAAGCAAGGUUCUGAGGACGGGAAGAAUUGCCAUAAGGCCCUAUCUAACCUGUGGAUCAAGUGGAGCCAGUCCGAAGAUAUGGCUGGUGAUACACAGUUCCUUGAAGCCCUGACUCUGAGCAUGUCCUGCAGAAUUUCUCUGAGAUUACAGUCGGCCUUCAUGGACCUCAUGCCUCAGGUCCAAGGUCUCCCAACCAGUAUACAAGACAAUCUCCAACAGGCUUGCUGUGACAUGCAGGAGCUUCAUACCACCUUUUCCACAAGUGGUAGUUUUCAAGAUCUAAACAAGCAUCAUCUGAUACUUAGCCAGUUCAAGCUGACCCAAGCCCAGGGAAGCUUAGAAAAAUUGCUCUGUUUCUUAGAAGGUAAUAUUCCUUCUGGUUGGAUUGUAGGACCAUUUCCCCACCCUGAAUAUUCCUUCCCAGAGGUAACACUCCCUAAAGAAAAAGCAUCUUGA